AUGACUCUUACAUUGCAACCUAGGCUGCGGUCGCCUCCUCCACCAAACGGUGCAGAUGCAGCAUGGAACAUGGUCAAUCAAUUGCUCGUGCUGAAUCAUGAAAAACACCACGUCUAUUUCCACAGCGUCCGCGAGGUCUUGAUGCAUAACCACCUUGCUCACCACGCGUUGACUUUGUUUUCUUUGGGAGCCAACGCCGAAAAUAUUCGAAGCCAUUUCGAGAACCACGCGACGUACCAAAAAGACAAGGGCACCGCUGACGUGUUUUUGGUGUACACAAUUUCGGACUUCACAACCUUCAAGCGCCAUCUUGGCGAUCCUAAUCAGUAUCAUAACUUCCUCGAGUUCUUCAGACUCCAAUUCAAGAACCAUGGGUACAAGCCCGCCGUGAAUAAACUCGUGUUCUCGGGAGACGACUGGUCCACAGAGAUAUUCUCAAGACUCGUUACGGGCUUCAUUCAUCCUCUCAUCCAGGCGGGCUUUGGUCUCGAGUUCGAUCUCCCUUUCCUUGUCUGUGAAGGGUUAGCGAUGGGUUGUACGCAGAAUGAUCCCGACGUGGCUCUAGCCUUGUUGGAAGUUGAGGAGUGCGCCUCACGCCGGCCGGACCACCUCAGUCUGGUCGAUAUUUUGGAUCUUUGCGCAGCGAACAAGAAGCUUAUUGACUGUCUUGGCAACGAUCCUUUUCACCUCAUGGAUUAUCAGGGAAUUUUGAGUGAUAGCACUAGAGAGCAGGUGCUUGACUACGCCAGUCGCUACCUCGUGCUUGAGCAUGAGGUUGAAAUGAGGUCGGCGGAAUUGUGCAACGCAACUGCAUACAUACUGGCCGGGGCGCAACGAAGGGGUAAAGAGCCGAGGGCAGACUUCUUCCUCUUGCACCCGACAAACUGCUCCGUCAUUAUGGACUCUAUCGUCAAGAAAGACUGGAUCGGUCGCCCAGGGAAAGCUCGUCUUCUCUCCUGGUUCGGACGCUACACCAUUAUGCUGUACAUAGGUAUGGGUUGUCCGCAGCUCGACUUGACUCACAUUCGCAAUUACACGCCGCGAAAAGGCCCCGGCGGGUGGAUUGAUGCCAUUGAGCGCAGCCUGAAUUACCGAGAUGAUGGGCAUGGCUGCAAAAUCAUACGGGCUCUGAUUCAUGCCCAGAAUGUCAGCUGCGGAUUUGAUGAUCGGCCUGAUUUCCGGAUGAAGAAAGACGACUUUGCGAAAGCUGCAACAGCGUUGGUGGAGAGCUGGCUUCCCAACGAUCAAGUCCAACGAGCGGGACAUAAUACAACAGAGGCAUGGAUCAGAUUCGCGGGAUUCGACCAGGCGUGGGACGCUGUUCCUGACUUAUUACCGGUUCAGGAACAAAACUAA